UCCUCCCUCAAACCCUCUUGAGGCUUCACCACCACCUCCCAUGGACAGUUUACAACUCUCCAAUGAUAGCUUCUCCUACAGUUGGCUCAUAAACCCUAAACCCUCGUUCGUCGACCCCUCCGGCCUCGACGACAGCCCCCGCCUCUCCCUUGACGCCGUCGGGGCCUUCGCAGAUGACCCGAAAGUCGCGGUGUGCCGAACGGAGAGCCAGUCCUUCCAUUUUUGCCCGCCGGUUGCCGACCCCGCUGCGAUGGCCCACGCCGACCAGAUGUUCAACAACGGCCGCCUCCUUCCCCUCCACCUCAUGACCGCCACCGCCUCGGUGCAAUUCAGUGCUGCGCUGGGCAUGCUGAGCUCGUCGAGCUCUUCAAAGAGCAGUGCGUCGUCAUUAUCGUCGUCGUUGUCAUCGGGAGGAGGGGAGAAGCUCGCGGUGCAGCUCUUCGGAGAGUGCGCAAGGAGCUCGAAGAGGUUCAUUUACAAGUACUUGAGCUUUCUCCUGAAGGGGUUAGGAAUGAUGGGAAGAAGCAGGAGGAGGAGGAGGAGGAAGAGAAGAAGUGGCGUCGUCGGCUCGUCGAGAAGUUGCACGGAGGGCGCCGCGGGAUCGACGGCGAGAGAUGCGGUGGCGAGUUUCGAUUGGUUGGUUGGAGAUAGGGCAAGUGAUGAUUUGGGUAGAGAGAAUGCUAUCGAGGAUGCUAUUCUCCAUUGCAAGAACUCCAUUAUCAAUGGUGAAGGAGUGAAGGAGAUGUAACCGAAAGAGGCAGCUUCAUUAAGGUGAUCAUGAUAAAGAAGAUAUAUAAAGUGAACAUAAAAAAAUAAUAAUAAUAACAAAUAAAGAAGAGAAAGGAGGAACCAUGUAGUUUGUGUUGCUUCUCGAUCCACUGUUGCAUGGCGAUUAAUUAACUUUACGAAAGGAGCAGCAGAUGCUAUUUAAUACAGCUUUUGAGAGGCAAAUUAAGAGCUUGUUUUCAUUA